UCCAAUUUGUCCAAAUCCUCAACUCACUUUAGCCCCCCUUUUUUCCUUUACAAUUAUUAUUAUUAUUAUUAUUAUUAUUAUUAUUAUUAUUAUUAUUAUUCGCGAGUAAAUUAAGUAAGUGGAAUCUGCAGGUAAGGUGUUAGUGAAUGAAGUUGAAUUUGAGAUGACAAACUCAAACUUGGAAGAAAACAUCUCCUCCUCCUCGAAUCUCACUUCAUCAUCUCAUCGUCUUCAUCUUCAUCGUGUCUCCAUUGAAGCUGAAACUGAAGCUGCAGUAGUAGUUUCUUCCAAUUCCAACACAAGAAAUAUUCAUCUUCAUCUUGAUCAUGAUCAUCAUCUCACUCCAACAUUACUGCUCAAGAAGAAGAAGAGAAAUCAGCCAGGCCAUCCAGACCCUAAUGCAGAAGUAAUAGCUUUGUCCCCAAAAGCCCUUUUGGCAACGAACAGAUUUGUAUGCGAAAUAUGCAAGAAAGGGUUCCAAAGGGAUCAGAAUCUGCAGCUGCACAGAAGAGGCCACAAUCUGCCAUGGAAGCUGAAGCAAAGAUCCUCGAACAAGAUGGAGUUUGUACGAAAAAAAGUUUAUGUCUGCCCAGAGACAACAUGUGUCCACCACGAUCCUUCGAGGGCCCUGGGAGACCUGACAGGGAUAAAGAAACACUUCUCCAGGAAACAUGGGGAGAAGAAAUGGAAAUGCUUCAAGUGUUGUAAGAAGUAUGCUGUUCAAUCUGAUUGGAAAGCCCAUUCCAAGAUUUGUGGCACUAAAGAAUACAAGUGUCACUGUGGAACCCUUUUCUCAAGGAAGGAUAGUUUUAUUACACACAGAGCAUUCUGCGAUACUUUAGGGCAACAAAAUCAAAAUCAAAAUCAAAAUGCAAGAAAAAACAGCAGCACAAUUAUGAUCCCAACCCUCGAAUCAUCUGCUUCAGAUAAUAAAGAUUCUCUUCACCAAACGAAUCUCCCAAUCAAGAAAGAGCACCAGAAUGGUUGUUUCACCCACACCCCCCAAAUCCAGUCAUGGCACCGCCUGUCCCCCCACCCACCACCACCACCCCCUGGUCCCUUCUUCCUCUCUGCUCCACCGCCGCCGCCUCCUCCGCCGCACCCGAUCUUUCAAGAUCUUCUCCACCAAAACCCUAAUUAUCCUGACAUCAAUGGCAUCUUCUGGCCCUCCUCCCAGUAUCCGUACAGUCACGUGCCGCCGGCUGCGGGUUUCAUCAACAACAACAACCUCGACCUCCUGCCGUCACGUGACGAGCUUAUCAUCACCGGGCUGUCUUCUCGCCCCGAUCACGGAGGGACACGUGGCGGGACAGGGACAGCACCCGCGGGUGACGUUAUGAUCAGUCACCCGCCUCCUCCGGCUGUAUCUUCUGCUGCUUCUUCUUCUUCCCAGUAUGCCUUGGUCUUCCAUGGAUUCGACGGGUCUGAAUUCGAGGAUUGCCUGAAAUUGCAGGCGGUCAUGGAAGAUCAGUUCAUCGGCAGCUGCAGGAAUAUUAAUUAUAACAAUGGCGGCUGUAAUGACGAUGGAUUGAUGGCGACUAGGGAUUUUCUGGGAUUGAAGGAAAGUGAUGAUUUAUUCAGUUUGAGCAAUUACUUGGAUGGAUAAUUACCAGGAAUUCUUCAAAUUAAAUUAAAACCCUUGCAAGAUUAGUUAUUAGCUAGCUAGGUCUGUAAUUUAAUUUCAGGAUUAUUAUUAUUAUUAUUAUUUUUAUGGAGUAUGUGUGUUUUAAAUUUUAAUGUUGUAACUUUUGGAUAAUUAGCGGUUUCGGUU